CUCUCUCUCUCUCUCUCUCUCUCCUCCUCUCCUCUCUCUCCUGAGUGGACCACGCAGAAACUGCUUCUAUGCAUGCAAAACGGGGAGAGACAGAGAAAUGUCAAAAGGGAGGGGGAGAUACAAGGAAAGAGUGAAGCAUUAUCAACGACAGAUGAGAGUGGUAUGACUGAAGCUCACUGUGUAUGUGUGUGCGGGCAACAGAGGAUCAGAUAGGAGUGAACACGAGAAAGGAGCACAUUAGUCCUGCCUGCUGCAGCAGGGGAGAGGAGGGCAAUGCCACCAGCACCUUUCAGGAACCUUACUGGACAGCUGGCCAGCACACAGAAAUGCGGUGGAAGCCAGAGGGGAUGUUCUUAACUUACUGGUAUAGGGAUUUUCUCUGUUUGGGGCAGCUUCUAACAUGGCCUCUUUUGCUGAAGACUGGUGGGUAGAGUGGCACUCUGAAUCCUAACUGUCUGAAAAAGUACUCCUGUUCUGCACCUUUUUAUUUGUGACAAUGGAAGAAUUCUGUCAUUGUAUGGAUUGAAACUGAAAAUUAAGUUUAGGGGUAAACCCUUUUCUACCUGCUAUUAUUUUUAUCCCUCCCCUCCUCUGCCCCCCUUAACCUGUGAAACCACCUGCGCCAUGAGACGGUCGAGCACAGAUGAAUCUACUUACCAACGCAGUCCUUCCCUGGACAGCAAAGACUACUCUCUUCCCCAAGGUGGUGCCUUCCGGCGCUACAGCAGCCUCUACGGAGGGCAGUUUGGGGCAUCGGCUGGUGGCUCUUUUUUUGGGUUUCACACUAACCCAGGUCCCAAAGCUACAAAGUCCAAGUACACUUCCCCAAAAGGCAACAAGUACGUGGUUUUUUACCUGGAUCUCUCCUUCAUUUUCCUCCUAGAGCUGAAGAGGUGCAGGAUGGCACAAAACUGCCUGCAGUGUAUGAAAUAUCUAAUGUUCGUCUUCAACCUCCUUUUUUGGCUGGGAGGAUGUGGGAUCCUUGGAGUGGGUAUCUGGCUGGCCGUCACACAGGGGAAUUUUGCCACGCUCUCCUCUUCUUUUCCUUCGCUAUCUGCUGCCAACCUGUUGAUAGCUACGGGAACCAUCGUGAUGAUCGUGGGAUUUCUGGGCUGCAUUGGUGCUAUUAAGGAGAACAAAUACCUUCUUCUGAGUUUCUUUAUCCUGUUGCUGAUAAUCUUCUUACUGGAGCUUAUUGUGGUUAGCCUCUUCUUCAUCUACACUGACAAGAUUGACCGAUAUGCACAACAAGAUCUGAAGAAAGGCCUUCACUUGUAUGGAACAGAAGGAAACAUAGGUCUCACUAAUGCUUGGAGCAUCAUCCAAACAGAUUUUAGGUGUUGUGGGGUUGCAAACUACACUGACUGGUUUGAGGUGUACAACACCAGCCGUGUCCCAGAUUCCUGUUGCUUGGAGUUCAGUGAGAACUGUGGUCUGCACUCCCCAGGAACAUGGUGGAAAGCGCCUUGCUAUGAGACUGUCAAAAUUUGGCUUCAUGAGAAUCUUAUUGCAGUUGGGAUUUUUGGGCUUUGCACAGCUCUUGUACAGAUCCUUGGACUCACAUUUGCCAUGACAAUGUAUUGCCAGAUGGCAAAAACUGACACUUACUAUGCUUGAGACUUCUACUUACCCCCCACUUCUCCCUGACCUGGUUUCAUGGAGAUUUUUCUCCGGGAGGAAUCCAUGUGGUGUUCACAGCAGAUCUACCUUAGUUCUGUUCUUCCUCCUCUUUUGAUACCGCACACAGCCUCCAAAGUGCAAGAAGCCCCUGACACAUCACUGUGUUCUCCAGGUAUGGAGUACAGACAGCAGGUGGACAAGCUGAUACAUGGCCCUAAGAAUGGAGGCAGGACAGCGCUACUGAGACAUGAAACUUGGUCUGUGAAACCCAAGACUUUGGUGGGGGGUUAGGGUCCUCUGUUUAUGGGAUCUGGCCUAAUUAUAAAUUUGUCCAGCUCAGCUAAGAAAUAGAGUUUCUACUUUUCAUCACAUAACUUUGAAAGCACCCUUGUCCUUGGAAAUGCUACAGUAUUUCAGAAGAACUUAAUAAUACUUCUAGCUGCAUACCAUUUUGAUGACCUAUUAAAACAGGUAUCCCCUCUACAGAUCAUUACUUAUGUUUACCUGCCAGAAAGAGUAGUAUGGUGAAUAAAUAUGCAUUCAGGCACCAGAGGCUGUGACAGAGAGCAUCACUACAUUAGUAUUGUCGCUUGUGGUUUGCAUACAAAUGUCUGUGGAUUGUACAGUCCAUUCAAAUUAAAAUGUGUGCAGACCCUAAACAAAAUGUUUAGCUUUUUUAAACUGUUAAGGGAUUCCUUUUUUUCCCCCUUCAAAACUUAGCUAAUUAUCCAACAAUUUAUUUUUAUUUUUCUAGGUAAUAUUGUGUGUAAAGGUUUUCAGGUCACCUAUACGUUGCCAAAUAAUGUAUUUAAUCUGUCAUCUAUGUGCGUGUUAUGAAUUCAAUUCCUAAAAUGAUCCUGAAACCUUUUAUCCUGGAAUGUGGGCGUAUGAAAAAGUAGACUUUGUAAAUAGUAUGAAACCUUUUUUUUUGUUCUCUUAAGCCUGAUACACACUGUGUUUUUUUUUUUUUUCCAUUGGCUCUGGUCGAAGCUGCUGUACUAACGAUCCAAUAUUAGUACACCCAUCUCCCCCGCUCAGCUAUUGUGUUCUGACAGGGGGAUGCCCCCAAUGCCAGAACACUCCAAUAGCACUCCAAAUGAUCGGGAGUCGGUCGGCUGCUGAUUUUUCAGCAUGCUCGUCCCACAAAAGCCAGCCAGCUUUUAUCGGACUGGCUGCCAUUCAGAGGGGCCAAAUGAUGGCCGUUUUUUUCUGAACCAGUCGAUCUCAACGGCAUUCGAACCGUGUAUAUGGGGCUUUAUACAUUGGAAAUAUCCAUUCUAAACAAUGGAAAUGGUUCUAAUAUUGCUUGUUGGCAGAAUGAGAAACUGUCUACUACUUUUUAUUGUUAUAUCUAAUAAACUUUACAGUUUAAGAGUUAGAUAGUCAUCACAGAUUGAAGAACUAGCCAUGAUUCAUCCUGACAGGCCUGGUAAUCUGUAAAGUCCAAUUGCAAAUAUGAUCACAAAUUAUAUUAAAACAGACAAAAAAGGAGGAUAAUAGCGGUAAUAAAUAUUUUUUACAAAGUCAACUUUUUUUACGCAACAGUUUUACAUUUGCCAGAGUGAUGAAAACCAUAUUUCUCUUUUGCACCUGCAGAUCAUUUGUUUAUUGAUGCUGUGGCAUAAUACAUACACAUUAACGGGACUGUAUAGAAAGGAUAACUAUACACUGCAGUAUUAUAUUUUUUCGUUUAUAUAUCUGUGUAUAGCAAUUAGUCUUUAUUUUCUGACCCUUAUUUAAUUAUUUCUCAAGUUAAAAUAAACCUAUUCAUAAUUGAAAAGCACUACGGGCCAGAUUCACAGCGGAGAUACGACGGAGUAUCUCAGAUACUCCGUCGUAUCUCUCAGAGUAUCUA